AUGGAUGACCUCUAUGACGAGUUUGGCAACUUCAUCGGCGAGGAGGCCGCGUCCGAGGAAGCGUCCGAGGCGGGCGUGAACGCAGGCGACUACCUGUACGAUGACGAAGCCGACAGACCGGAUGGGGGAGCAGGCGAUGAGCUGAUGGAAGUCGAUGAUGGCCCGUCCAAUGCCGUCAUCCUGCACGAGGAUAAGCAGUAUUACCCGACGGCCCAGCAAAUUUACGGCGAAGAAGUCGAAACGCGGGUCGAAGACGAAGAUGCCCAGCCCCUUACGGAGCCUAUCAUCGCACCAGUCGAGAUCAAAAAGUUCAACAUCGAAGAGGCGGACCUUCCCCCCGUCUUCUUCGACCGGGGCUUCAUGUCGGACUUGAUGAACUUUCCGGAACAGACGCGAAACGUCGCGCUCGCCGGUCACUUGCACCACGGAAAGACGGCCUUCAUGGACAUGCUUGUCAUGGAGACGCACGACAUCUCCGACAGACUAGACCGGCGGAGCGGUCGUAAACGCGACGAGAAGCUGCGAUAUACAGACACCCAUAUCCUGGAGCGUGAGAGGGGCAUCUCGGUCAAAUCGGCGCCCAUGAGCCUCGUCCUGCAGAGUACCAAGGGAAAAUCCCACCUCGUCAACAUCAUCGACACCCCCGGCCACGUCAACUUCGUUGACGAGGUCGCCGCCUCAUUACGGCUCGUCGACGGUGUUUGCCUCGUCGUCGACGUCGUCGAGGGCGUUCAGGUCAACACGGAACAAAUCAUCAAGCACGCCGUCUUGCAAGACAUGCCCAUGACCCUCAUCAUCAACAAGAUGGAUCGUCUCAUCCUCGAGUUGAAACUCCCCCCCAAGGAUGCCUACUUCAAGCUCAAGCAUGUCGUCGAAGAGGUCAACACGGCCAUCGCCAACGCCGCCCCGGCGAAGGCUGUUUCCAACCGCAUCAGCCCGGAGAAAGGGAACGUCCUCUUCGCUUGCACCGAUUUUGGUUGGUGUUUCACCAUCCAGUCCUUUGCCAAGAUGUAUGCCACCCAGUACGGCGACGUGAACGUCGACGAAUUCGCGAGACGGCUCUGGGGCGACGUAUUCUUCAAUCCCAAGAAGCGCAGCUUCACCAGAAAGCCCGUCGAGGACAACGCCUCCCGAUCCUUUCUUCACUUCAUCCUCGAGCCCGUCUACAAACUCUUCACCCACUCCAUCAGCGACAGCCCUGCCGAGUUGAAAACGGUUCUCGAGAAGCUUGGAAUUCAGCUGAAGCCCUCGCAGUACAAGGCUGACGCCAAGGUGAUCCUGAAGCUCGUCUGCGAGCAGUUCUUCGGCCCAUCCACCGGCUUCGUCGACAUGGUGGUGCAGCACAUUCCGUCGCCCGUCCGAGGGGCCGACCGCUUCCUCGAGCGUUACUACAGCGGCCCUUUGGACACCAAGAUUGCAAGCUCGAUGAAGGAGUGCGACGCCGACGGGCCACUCGUCGUCCACGUCACCAAGCUGUUCAGCAGUUCAGAUGCCAAAAGCUUCUACUCGUUUGGCCGCGUCUUGAGCGGCACCGCGCGACCCGGCAUGCCCGUGCGUGUUCUGGGCGAGGGGUACUCGCUGGACGACGAAGAAGAUAUGGUCUCGUCGUCGAUCGGCGAGGUUUUCAUCGGCGAAACGAGAUACAACAUCCCGACCGAUGGCGUCCCGGCUGGCAACCUCGUUCUCCUCGGCGGCGUCGACAACUCCAUCGUGAAGUCGGCCACCAUCAUGGCGCCAAAGCUUCCAGAUGACGAAGAUGCCUAUAUUUUCCGACCCGUCACCCACUUCACCGAAUCCGUCCUGAAAAUUGCCGUCGAGCCCAUCAACCCAUCCGAACUACCCAAGAUGCUGGACGGCCUGCGCAAGAUUCAAAAGUCGUACCCGCUCAUCAACACCAAGGUGGAAGAGUCGGGAGAGCACAUCGUCAUCGGCACGGGAGAACUCUACAUGGAUUGCGUCCUGCACGACCUGCGGCGUCUGUACGCCGACAUGGACAUCAAGGUUUCCGAUCCCGUCACCCGAUUCUGCGAGACGGUGGUGGAGACGUCUGCGACGAAGUGCUACGCUAUCACGCCGAACAAGAAGAACAGGAUCACCAUGGUGGCGGAGCAGCUCGAGAAGGGCAUCUCGACCGAUAUUGAGACCGGCGCCGUCAAUAUUCAGGAUCCUAUUCGCAAGACGGCCAAGCAUUUCGAGGACCAGCACGGAUGGGACAAACUGGCGGCGCGAAGCAUCUGGGCUUUUGGGCCGGAAGACAACGGACCGAAUAUCCUGCAGGACGACACCAUCCCCACGGAUAUUGACAAGAAGCUCCUGGGCACCGUUCGGGAGUCCAUCCGGCAGGGAUUCAGCUGGGCCACGCGCGAGGGGCCCUUGUGCGAGGAACCCAUCCGCAACACCAAGUUCAAGGUGACGGAUGUCGUGCUGGCCAACGAAGCGAUCUACCGCGGCGGUGGACAAAUCAUCCCGACGUCCCGAAGAGCGUGCUACUCUUCCUUCCUGAUGGCGUCCCCACGGCUCAUGGAGCCCGUCUACGCGGUCUCCGUCACGGGGCCGGAAGAUUCCUACAUGGAAGUGUACAACGUGCUGGCGCGGCGGCGAGGGCACGUGCUGUCGGACGGCCCCGUGGCCGGCACGCCCCUCUACCGCGUCAAUGGGCUCCUGCCGGUGAUUGACAGCUUCGGGUUCGAGACGGAUCUGCGGAUCAAGACGCAGGGCAGCUCCAUGGUCAGCAUGGUGUUCGACAGCUGGAGCAUCGUGCCGGGCGACCCCCUGGACCGGGAGCAGGUGAUACGACCGCUGCAGCCGGCCUCGACGCAGGCGACGGCGAGAGACUUUGUGCUCAAGACGAGGCGACGCAAGGGCUUGAGCGAGGACGUGAGCGUCAAGACCUUCCUCGAGCCCGAAUUCUACAGUUCACUGAUGGAGAGCGGCAUGCUGGGCGAUGCUUGA